CAGGACGCGCACAUGUUUGCUGAAACACGAAGAACCGCGAAGACUCCGGAUUCCACGUCCGCGGUGGCAAGUUCCGUUGCACGGCAGAGGUAUCUGGCGGCACUUCUGGUAAUGGCAGCAAUUAGUACCUUAAUAUGGUCGCGAUUAGGACCACCGGAACCGACAAAAUUCGUACCACCGUGCAACGUCGCGACAACCAUGAACGCCAGCACGCAGGAGACCCCGACGAUAGUCGAAACAACGACCGCACGAAAGAACGUCGCAUCCUUGCAGAAUCAACAAUCCGACUCGACUCCCUGUAAAAUCACUUCGUGCCCAAACGUGGACUGCGAUAUCUCCGGAUCGUCGGAUGCUGGCGCAGUGGCGUCGAAGUUCUUAGAAACGGAAUUCAAGGCGGCGUGCAAUACCAGCCAGUCCGCGAGGCUGUCAUUGGUCAACUGUAGGUUCCCAGGGAACGCGCUGCAGAAAAAUUGGCUGUCCACCAACCUGUCCAUCGAGGAGCUGAAUCUGCACAGCUGUUCGCUCAGCAAAAUAGAGGACGACGCGUUCGCCGAUCCGAUUUUCAAGGCGAUGACGUCGCUGAGCCUGCUGGACAACGACCUCGUCAGCCUAGGCAGAGCCAGCUUCCAGCCGCUGAGUCGGCUGAAGAGCUUGACCGUCCAGGACGAUAUCGUCGAGCGAGCGGACAGGGACCUCCUGGAGCAUGUGGCAGGCACCUUGGGCACCCUGGACCUGAGCGGCGCGAUAGCCGACCAGCUGGUGCUGAGGAACAUCACCGGAGCGGGGAGCCUUGGGCGUCUCCUCAGCCUGUCCCUUCAGAGGAACACAAUAGCUCAGAUCACGGAUGAGACGUUCCUGGGUGUGCCGAAGGUUCAGGCGCUGUACCUGAUGGACUCCAGCAUCAGGACAUUGUCGCGAGACUCGCUGAAGCCGAUGUCCUCCUCCAUAGAGAAGCUGAUCAUCACGGGCAACCAGAUCACGUCGCUGCCGCAGGGGCUGCUGGACGGGAUCCUCUCUAGCCACAGACCCUUCUUCAUGGCGCUGAAAGGUAACCUAUGGAACUGCGACUGCGGGCUUAAAUGGAUGCAGGAUGCGAUCAAGAACCACAGUGACGUGGCCACCGACGGACCAGCCUGCGCGUCGCCGUCAGAGAACGUAGGCAAGACCUUCGACACUGCGGUGUUCUGUCGGCAGGAUUCGGGUGUCACCGAGACAGAGCAAACGUCAAUAUCAUCAUCGACUGGGCAGACUGCUGCGGAGGUGUCGACGGAGGCCGAGAUGAUCGGCGUGAACUGCAGCAUCCCGCAGUUCCUGGCUUCGGCCAGCCAGCGGAAGCUGUUGUCCUCGGACCUGAAGAUCCAGUCCCGCCUCCAGGGCUUCGCCGUCAACUCGGUGACAGACGAGAGCAUCAUGCUGAAGCUGCCGAGCCGGCAGCAGCGGCUGACGCUGCUGUGGUUCGAGAGCGGGGACCCGGCGCGGACGGUCAAAUGUGCCAGGUACGUCAGCCACAUUUAUCAGGUGCAGGAUAUCGAGCCGCAGACCACCUACACGAUCUGUUUGCUGAACGAUAACGGGGACACCGUUACUCCGCUGAACUGCUUGGCGGCGACCACGCUGCCCUCGUACGAGUCGCGCGCCUGGCUCAGGAACAGGGACCAGCCAGGGUCCCUGCUCCUGCUGGCGUUGACGGUGAUCAUGGUGUUCGCGCUCGGCAUCCUGGCCACCUACCUCAGCAUCAGGAAGCACCCGUCCCUGCUCAGGGGCAGCAAGCGCGUGAUGCUCGUGAAGAAGAACAUUGUCGACGCCAUUGUGCUGCCGAGGGGGGUCAACGUCGAGGAGCAGAGGGGCGGAAGCUUAAAGCGGGGCAACGCCAGGUCAGAGGACGGGUACAUCACGCCGCUGCCGCCCACGCCCGUCCCUCCACCCAGGGACUACAGGAUUUCCCGGGUCAGUCUCCAGAGCGACUGGAACAGCUACAUGUCAGAGAUGGAGCCGUCCGAGUCCCAGCUGGUCUCGUGGAGGAUGGCGGAGAUCGGUAUCGAGCUGGAGACUCCGCCGCUACCUCCGCACCCUUCCAGCAGGAUUCCUUCGGUGUCUUUGACCGUCGGGAAUAGGGAAGACGACCCGGGGCAGGAGGAGUAGUGGUCGAAUUGGGUUAGCGCGACUUAGGUGUUUAUUUAGUAGUAGCGAGUAGUAUAAGUUCUGUAGAGAAGUGCCGUCUAAGUGUCUUCUGGAAUCGUGCCUUGUGGUUCGUGGAUGACUAUUGGGAAGCUGGUGCUUAGGGUAUCUUAUUGUGGGCUGCGCCCUGUGGCAGCCUUAUUGGUACGGGCUUCUAUCGCGGAGAGCAUCCUGCAACUGCCCUAUGAUGAGGGGGUCCCAACAGUGGACUGCGUUCAAUGGUGAGGACACCUACUGUGGACAGUGCCCUGUGGCAGCCUCAUUGGUAAGGGCCUCUAGCGUCGAGAGCAUCGUCUAACUGCCCUAUGAUGAGGGAGUCCCAAUAGUGGACAGCGUACUGCGGACAGCGCCCUAUGGUGAGGACAUCUACUGUGGACAGCGCCCUGUGGUCUGCGCCCUGUGAUCAGUGCUCUGUGGACAGCGCUCUAUGGACAGCGCCC